CCGCAACACCAAGUAUUUCAGUCCCACUUCGUCUACUGCCAUUUCAACAACCUUGACAGAAUACUCUUCUUUUUUGUAAAUACAGCUGAACAAAAUACCCAACAUCAAAAUGUUGGGGGCUUUUAUGAUGAUGAUUUCUCAACUACGACUUCCUUCCUGACGCUUCGCAUAGAUGAGGAUGUAUUUCGAGAUCACAGCACCGAGGUGAGAUGUAUGUUGUAACUGUGUGGUCAUUCAGCAUCGUUCUCGCUUGAGGUAGGGUCACGGUCGUCGAUGGUAACGAUGGUGAGGUGUGUCGACGUAGAUCUGCUCGCCAGGGUCCUUCCUCCCCUGUUGCUGCUGGAGUGCGUUCUUGGUAUCCUUGGUAACAGCCUGGCCCUCUGGAUCUUCUGCUUCCACCUGAAGCCCUGGAAAAGCAGCACCGUGUUCCUGUUCAACCUGGCGCUGGCUGACUUCCUGCUCAACACGGGACUGCCGGCCCGAGUCAGUUACUACCUGUUAGGGAUGGACUGGAGGUUUGGAGACGCUUCCUGUACCAUCUCUCUCUUCAUGUUUGCUCUGAACCGUAGAGGGAGUAUUCUGUUCUUGAUGGCCAUCGCUGUGGACCGUUACGUCCGCGUGGUUCAUCCUCACCACCCCCUGAACUCCAUGUCCCUUUUAAAAGCCUCGUGCCUUUCAGUCGGGCUCUGGAUACUCAACGCGUCCUCCAACGCACACCUGCUUACCCGCUCCCACUACUUCCAGACGGAAAACUCCACGCAGUACAGGUGCGAGAGUUUCACCCACAACGACGAGCUGAACAGAUCCAUGUUCAUCCUGGAGUUCCUGCUGUCUCUAGGGAUUAUCCUGUUCUGCUCCCAGAGGAUUUCGGGCAAACUGCGGGCCAGGCAGCUGGACAAGACGUCUCGCAUCUGCAGGGUGCAGAGGAGUCUCUGGGUGGUGACCGUCAUGUUCAUCAUCUGCUUCCUCCCGAGCAACAUCACCCGGUUCCUAAUCUGGGCCAGAAACGCUUUCGCUGCCGAAGAGGGAGACUGCGACAGCCGCAAACCUCUGGAGACGGCCUUCUACAUCACCAUCUGCCUCACCUACCUCAACAGCAUGCUGGACCCGGUCGUUUAUUACUUCAUAAACCCGUCGUUCAAGAGAAUCUACAGAACGCUCCUGAAAUACAGCCUGGAGAAGAUCAGGGGAGACAAGAAAGAUGAACGGGCCGCCCCAGCGCUGUCUGUUCAGGAUAACCCCAAUAAGGACCAACUGACUACUUCAGAGUAAUAUUUGAAAAACCCUGUUUGAAAAGCUACAGAUUCUCUGUUAAAUUGCUUGCAAAAAAUGCUAUGCUUUUAUUUUUAUCAUUAUAAACAUGCACAGUAUCUUCAGCGCUAUGUACAGAAAACUGGCUAGAUUGUCCCAACUCACUCCCAUUUAUUGUCCCUAUUUCAUACUUAAAAUAGAACAAGUUCACGAUUAAAAAGAAGAAAUAAAUGUUUUA